GCGGCGCCUGGGCGGAUGAGGUCACUCUUUGUGGUGGCUGCCGUUGGCAAGAUGGCGCCGGUGCUGGCGGAGAAGAAGCUGCUGGGGCCGGACGGGCCUGUGGCUGCCGACUUCCCCAGCGAGGAGGAGGAAGGGCAGAGCCUCUGGUUUUCAAUAUUGAGUGAGGUGUCCACCCGAUCCAGGUCUAAAUUACCCUUGGGCAAAAAUAUUCUUGUCUUUGGUGAUGAUGGCUCAGGCAAAACAACACUAAUGACUAAAAUACAAGGAGCAGAACACGGCAAGAAAGGAAGAGGCCUGGAAUACCUGUACUUAAAUAUCCAUGAUGAAGACAGAGAUGAUCAGACCCGCUGUAAUGUCUGGAUUCUUGAUGGGGACUUGUACCACAAAGGUCUCUUGAAGUUUGCUGUUUCAGCAGAAUCAUUGCAGGAGACCGUCGUCAUCUUUGCGGCAGAUAUGUCUAGGCCGUGGACUAUUAUGGAGUGCUUACAAAAAUGGGCGAGCGUCUUGCGUGAGCAUAUUGAUAAGCUGAAAAUCCCCCCCGAAGACAUCAGAGAUAUGGAACAGCAAUUUGUGAAGGCUUUUCAAGAAUAUGUAGAACCCGAAGAAGGCUAUCAGGGGUCACCACAGAGAAGAGGUCCCUCAGGGCAAGACGAUGAAAAUGUUACUCUACCACUUGGCGAUAAUGUCCUGACUCACAACCUUGGGAUCCCUGUGAUAGUAGUUUGUACAAAGUGUGAUGCAAUGAGCGUAUUAGAAAAGGAACAUGACUACAGAGAAGAGCACUUUGAUUUCAUACAGUCACACAUUCGUAGAUUCUGCUUACACUAUGGAGCAGCCUUGAUCUAUACGUCAGUUAAGGAGGAAAAGAAUCUUGACUUGUUGUAUAAAUACAUUGUACAUAAAACAUAUGGCUUUCACUUUACCAUACCUGCCUUAGUGGUAGAAAAGGACGCAGUUUUCAUACCUGCUGGCUGGGACAACGAAAAGAAAAUUGCAAUUCUCCAUGAAAACUUCACAACAGUGAAGCCAGAAGAUGCGUAUGAAGACUUCAUUGUAAGACCACCUGUAAGAAAGUUAGUUCAUGAUAAAGAGCUUGCAGCAGAAGAUGAACAAGUGUUUCUUAUGAAGCAGCAGUCUUACCUUGCCAAACAGCCAGCUACACCUACAAGAGCUUCUGAAUCUCCUGCACGAGGGCCUUCCGGAUCUCCAAGACCCCAGGGCAGGGCCGGCCCUGCUAAUGUCCCCAGUGCUUCACCAAUAGCAUCCGUUAAGAAACCAGAUCCAACUAUUAAAAAUAAUGCUGCAAGUGAAGGUGUGCUGGCCAGCUUCUUCAACAGUCUCUUGAGUAAAAAGACUGGUUCUCCUGGGAGUCCUGGUGCAGGAGGAGUUCAGACUACAGCCAAAAAAUCAGGACAAAAAACUGUUUUGACGAAUGUUCAAGAAGAACUGGAUAGAAUGACUCGCAAGCCGGACUCUAUGGUAACGGCCAACUCCUCUCCGACAGAAAAUGAAGCUUGAUUAUGCUUGAACCUGCAUAUGUAAAUGACCAAAUAACUAUGUAUAUUGAUCUGAUAAGACCAGGAGCUCUCUGCUAUGGCAGAUGCUAUAAGUUUUUCUUGGGGCAGGGGGAAAUGAAAUUUAACCUUCAUUGGCUUGUCCCAGUAUCAAGUGCACAUUCAGGAAGUUUUUGCAUAUAAAAUUCCUCUGUUUUAAGAUAACCAUUUUAGAGUUUAAAUAGGGCAAUUCUCUUAUUUGGGUGGCAAACAAGGUGCAACUGUGGUUCUUAAGGAAGAGCACAGAGAAGUGAGAUGCAGAAUUCCUGUUGAAAAGCCGCUAGUGGCUGCUAGCACUAAGGAAGAAUGAAGUCCCUUUUCCCAAGUUUACUGGAGUUGGCCAUUCAGACCAUACUUGUACUUGGAGAGAAUCUGAUGUAGCGAAGUGUUGGUUAGAUGAAGAGUGUAUAAAAUGCUGCAUUUGAAAAGGGGAAAUAUAAGAUCUGUUCAGUAGAAGUGAAAAGCAUGUUGGACAGACUGGAGAAAGGCAGUGUUGAAUAUAGAUCAGAUAAUCAUGUUUUUUAAAACAAAAGCCUUUACAAUUUGGGAGCGCUCAAAGCGUAAAAUACUGAGCAUCAUGGGAUUUUUUUAAAAAAUAAAUUGCAUUUUUUAGUUCUAACAAGAAGAUACAUAAAAUGUGGUUGGUGCCCUUUUUUGUCAUAACUGACACAGGGAGAAACUUGCUUAGACCAAGUGCCUGGCACAGUGAGAGAUGUGUCUUUUAGAAGGUGCUUGAACCUCUUGUGCACUGUAGUACAAACAGUUUCUGUUUGUUUGACUUUAUUUUAAUACUCGGUAACUUUUGAUAGUUGUGUUUAAUUUUGAAUCCUUUUUUUUCUGAUAGCUUCUGCCUUGGGUUUUUAUUUUCCUAAAUACAAACCACCCUGCCUCUUAAGAGAAAUGGGUGACAUAUCACUUUUCCAUAAUGAAACGUGUUGCAGCUUAUAAACCAAUAUUUUUUUUUUAGUAUCUGACAGUUAACUGCAAAGCUGAAAACUGAAUCCUGCCUUAAGGUUUUGAAAACCUGUGAUGAUUUUCUGAUAGAUUUCCAAAAAUCUUGUUCCAAAUUGCAGUAAACUAGAGAAUUGGUAGGUUUACAUUGGUAAACACAUUUUUGCAUAACCCCCUCAAUGUCGCCUUUUACAUAUGGAAAGAAAUAUCAUGGUUGUCUCUCAUUGCUACCCAGAUUAGUACCCCUGGUCACAUUGAGCUAUAGUUCUAUGAAAGACUCCCACAGUUACUGAAAUGGCACUUUUGAGUUUUUGUACGAUCUACUUGACAGAGAAACACUACCUUACAUUAUAGUACCAAACAUGUUCAUAACCAACACACAGAAGGGAAAAAAACACCGUAUGAAUUAUGCAGAGUUUACUUUUUAUUGAUAAAAGAUUUGUGUGUUAUGCUAAAUCUUGUUUCUGAAUAGAACACCCCUAAUAUUUAUAUAAUAUAUAUAUAUAUAUAUUGUUAAAUAUACAAAAUGAAUUGACCACUAACACAGUACUGGAUGUAAUUGCGAACCCUGUGUUACAUAAAGAGGCCAUCUCUCUUUGUUUUUGUAAGUCUGUCUAACACUAUUUAGAAAGCUAAGAGUAUUUACUUGCGUUAUCAUAAAAGCAUGUUUACUUGUGCCAGUUAUGUCUUUUUCAUUUUUUUAAAAACAUUUUUUACAAGUUUUACAAUCUCACUUACAUCCACAGUUGCCUAGAUAUUAAACUGAGAAGUAACGGUCAGGGAAUCUGGUCUGUGGUUUUGCUGCCUAAUACAAUCUGGCAUAGGAUUUGCCAGAUGCACGAUAAUGAAAAAUGUAGCCUUGUACCACCACAGCAGAUGCAGCUUUAGUAUACGGUUAGGCAGCUGAAAUUUUUGUGCCAUGUAUCAAUGCAUAGCAAGUUGGCACUUUGGGGUGGUUGGGUUCUAGCAGAGAGAAUUUCACCAUCUUCUUGCCACAUUUGCUGAAUGCAAAUGGCAUAGGAUCAGCCUUCUGAUGAGCUGAUUUUGGCUACAGGGAGACAGCUUUCAGUUGCAGGGAAUGAAAUCUUUGAAGCAAAAUAAAUAAGUUGGACGAGCAAGUGUUUCAUUGAUUGAUAGUAUAUGGUUCCAAUACAAGCCUCAGUACACAACUGCCUCUCAAAGUUUUUAUCAUUCACGCAGUCAAUUCACUUUGUGUACCAAUACUGUAUGCAAGUGGCUAGUGAAGUACUUGUUUUCAUUUUCAUAAAAUGAAGGUUAGAUCUGCAACAAAUGAGCAAAAGCCAACAACAUACCACUUUCCAGUUGUGCAAAAGAGCACUUGGAUCCAAACAGAGUUUGAUUCCCUCCCAUUUCCUCUUUGCAAGUGAAUACUCCUAGUUUCUCAAAGGAAGGAAGCUGUAAGUAAUGUAGUGUUUGUUGGUUGCCAAAGUCUAGCCACUUUGGAAAGCUGCACAGUUGUCUUUUCUGGUGUUCUCAAGCAUUGGAACCAAAGGCCAAACUGUAAACAGCCUUUUAUGUUUUAAAAAUACAAUUAACUUUAUUUUCAGGAUACACUUUUAUGGUAGACUGUUAAAAUUAUUACACGGCUAUAUUUAUAUACAGUAUAGUGAUUGCAUCUACUGUUCAUGUUUAAACUAAAGUAAUAAUCUAUUGAACUUGAAGAGAAGGCAAAUAUAAAGGAUUAAGGAUUGGCCCUCCAUCAAAAUGCUAUGGUUAUGCUGCUUGAUUUUUUUUUAAAGUUUGCACUUUUUAUUGGCAUUUUAAAACUUGUUUAAACUGAACAGAACUUGUCGUAUUUAAUUUAAUUUAACUACAUUGAAAGUGACUGAACUUAACCAUAUCCAUGCUGUAAAUGAAAGUUCACUCUCCUAUAUUACUAAGUUUAUUGAUGUUUUUAACUUCCAAUGAGGACUGCAGAUGUACCCAACACAACCCUUAGUCCAGUUGUACGGCUUUAACCAGGUGCAGUCAUGUGGAAUCUUGCUUUCUAGUGCUGGCAAAAAGAGGACAUGUCUUUAAUUAAUGGCUUCAAUAAACACCAACCAAGACUG